UUGCGGCUCUUUUGCGAAGAACACCCCCUUCCUUCUUCAUCGCGCUUUCCCUUUAUCUCUCUACAACCACAGCCCGAUAUUUUUUAUUAUCAUGCUCCUCAGCUCGCUUUUCCCGAUUUCCGCGCUUGCUCUGGGCUCGGUGGCUGCCGCUGGACUUCCCAAGUGUGUGCCUCCCAAGGAGCGCGCCUCACUGAUCAUCUUUUGUACUGGGGUGGCCGCUACAGCAACAGCUACAUGUGGAAACGAGUACUCGGCCAAGCUGCUGGAUCUCAAUCUCGAGAACUACGCGAUUGGUGGUUCCACGACCGACAACAAGUUUGCCCCUGCCUACGGUCGCACGCAGCUGAUUCCUAGCGUCACUGAAAUCGUUCACCAGUACCUCGCCAACAACACGAACGUCUCAGACUACAAGAAGAAGAACUCGAUCAUCGCCAUUGACGGUGGCGGCAACGACCUCUUCUACAACCUGGACAGCCUGUCGACUGGCAAGAUGAGCAUCACCUACUUUAUCGAUACAUUGGUGCAGAACCAGAUAGACAGCAUCAAGACCCUUCUCGACGCCGGCUACCGCAAGAUCCACCUCCUCAACCUCCCCAGCCUCACCAUGGCGCCUGCUCUCGCUGAGUAUGGUCCGGCUGUCCAGGCCCUGGCCGGCAUGCUCACGCCUGUGCUCAAUGCUGUCUUCCGGACCAAGCUCACUGCUCUCCGUCUUAAGAACCCGUCCAAGGCUGCCGAGAACCCCUGUGUUGUUGACCAUGCCGACGGCUCGCAGACGUACUGCACUGAUGACGAUAUCCGCUACUACUACGACUCGUUCCACCCCAGCGGCCGCCCGCACUACCUGAUCGGCGUUGCUUUGCCAACAUUGUCCAAGAACCCGUCGUACCCGGUUACCAAGUGGUCCCUCACCGACAUUGCCAAGCAGUACGACAUUGCGCACAGCGACAAGAACCACAACAUUCUUGCCAGCAGCGCUUAAAUUUAAGGACACAACGGCGCUAAUCCCUCACCGGUUAACCUUUUCAUUUCGGGCUGAGCUGUGAUACGAAUACACGUUUUGCCAUAUUUUAGGUGUGCUAAUUGCCACAUUUGGCGG